AUGGCAGAAACAUGCCCGCAACACCCUGCAACGGAACUCUCCAAAGCUGAGCGCUUCAAAGCUACGCACCUCGCCGCGCGCCAUGGCAACUACCACCAAUAUUAUGCUAAGUUCCGGGCGCCCACCGUUCCGGACGAGCGCCUUUCAAUUCUCCCUUCAGAUAUCCUCCGUAACGCCCGUGUCUUAGACCUGGGCUGUAACGCGGGCAAACUGACCUAUGAGGCGAUGGCGCAUUGCGGCGCAGCCGCCUCCGUCGGCGUCGAUAUCGACCCGUGGCUGGUCGAGCAGGCAAAGGCGGCGUACCCGGAUGGGCCAUGCACAUUUGAGCAUUUUGACUUUGUGGAUGCGUCCGCGUACACGGGUACCGCGCUGGGCAAGUUCGACGUUGUGCUACUGCUCUCUGUGACUAAGUGGAUACAUCUCAACAAUGGAGACUCUGGGAUGUUGACGCUAUUCGCGCACAUACACAGUAUAUUGAAUGAAGGGGGCUACCUCAUCGUGGAGCCGCAGCCUAUGAGCAAUUAUGCCAGAGCUUCAAAGAAGAACAAAGAAUUGAGAGAGAUGUAUAAGACGAUCCAAAUCAGGCCACCAUUUGAGGAUGAGCUGAGAGCGCAGGGAUUUGAGAGGAUACUGAAUUUUGAAAGGGAUGAAGAGGGGUUUGCUAGACCCGUACAUGUUUGGAAAAAAGUAUUAUAA